CUCAAGCAAAUCAAUUUAGAUACAAAAAUACAUACAAAAUGAUGUUGCCAACUAUUAGUGCUGUGAUAUUUCUCACUUGCAUUACCAUCUUCAAUGUCUUUCCCACCAAAGCCAAUGACGACGAGUUCAAAACUUACAUCGUUCACUUAACUUCUCCUCAAGACCAAGUGUUACUUCAGCCACAUGAGCUUGAAGCAUGGUAUAACUCGCUUUUGUCAAAAGUAGCUUUGGGUUCAAACCAGAAACCAAAGAUGGUUCAUGCCUUUCACCAUGUGAUUACAGGAUUUGCUGCUACAAUGUCUCCAAACCAAGCAAAGGUGAUGGAGAAUUUGAAUGGAGUUGUAUCGGUGAGGCAAGAAAAUGUCUAUGAACUGCAUACAACUCGUUCAGCUCACUUUUUGGGCCUGCGCCAAAAUUCAGGUUUUUGGAAACACUCUAACUUUGGAAAGGGGGUCAUAAUUGGGCUUCUAGACACCGGAACUACCCCUGGACAUCCUUCAUUUGACGACAAAGGCAUGCCCACUCCACCAGCAAAAUGGAAAGGCAAAUGUGAAGUGGCCGGGUGUAAUAACAAACUGAUUGGACUUAGAAGCUUUCUUCAUGGAACUUCUCCAGUAGAUACAGAUGGCCACGGGACACACACUUCAAGUACUGCGGCAGGGAAUUUUGUAGAAGGUGCUAAUGUAUUUGGAAUGGCGAAUGGUACGGCUAGUGGGAUAGCACCACUUGCGCACGUGGCCAUGUAUAAAGUUUGUGACUUUUUUUGUGACGAAAGCGCUAUCUUAGCAGGCAUGGAUGCAGCUAUUGAAGACGGUGUUGACGUGCUUUCAAUGUCACUUGGCGGACCUACGUCGGCCUUUUAUAAAGAUUCUAUCUCAAUAGCUGCCUUCACUGUCAUGCAGAAAGGAAUCUUCAUGAGCUGUUCAGCAGGUAACUUUGGGCCUCACAAUUCAUCGUUGUCAAAUGUCGCCCCGUGGGUUCUUACAGUUGGGGCUAGUACCAUUGAUAGAAGGAUAAGGACAACAGUGAAAUUGGGAAACAACAAGCUACUUAAUGGUGAAUCGUUAUACCAACCCAAGGAGUUCAAUACUCAUAAGCUUCGGCCUCUUGUUUACCCUGGAAAAGAUAAUCCAAAGGCAGCAUACUGCAUAGACGGGUCACUGGACCCCGCUGAUGUCAAGGGGAAGGUAGUUUUCUGUGAUGUGGGCGAUAUUGACAAUGUUCAAAAGGGCCAAGUAGUGAAGGAUGCUGGAGGAGUGGCCAUGAUUAUUGGUAAUGAUAUUACUUUUGGUGACAGUAUAGCAGCAGAGGCUCAUGUUCUUCCCGCAUCAUAUAUUGGUUACAACGAAAGCGUUGAGGUUAAGAAGUAUCUAAAUUCAACUCCCUCACCUGUUGCAACUAUCCUUUUCUAUGGAACGAUAACCAACUUUAAAUCAGAUCCAGAGGUGGCUGCGUUCUCUUCAAGAGGGCCUUGUCUUGAAAGUCCUGGAAUCCUAAAGCCAGAUAUCAUCGGACCCGGUGUUGACACUCUUGCAGCUUGGCAUGAAUCUGUAGACAAUAACACGAGAACAAAAGCAACAUUUAACGUGGAACGUGGCACAUCAAUGUCUUCUCCUCAUCUUGCAGGUACUGCGGCAUUGCUCAAAAGAGCCCAUCCAGAGUGGUCUCCUGCUGCUAUUAAGUCCGCAAUGCUGACCACGGCGAGUCAAGUUAGCCGUAAAGGACCCAUUGCAGAUGAACGUGGGCUUCCUGCUGAUAUAUUCGCCAUCGGCUCAGGUCACGUGGCACCAACAAAAGCCAGCGAUCCUGGGCUUGUUUUUGACAUCCAACCUGAUGACUACAUUCCAUAUCUUUGUGGGUUAGGUUAUACAGCUAAACAAGUUGGGAUGAUUGUUAAAAAGACUGUUAGCUGCUCAAAAACCAUACCAGAGGCCCAACUGAAUUAUCCUUCCGUUUCGGUAUCUCUAAAAAGGGGUGAUAGUAAAGCAUACACAAGGACAGUCACUAAUGUUGGUCCCCCACAAUCGGUUUACAGUGUCAAUGACUCCUCUAUACCGGAAGGUGUACGUGUAGAUAUGUUUAUCGAAAAUGGGGAUGGUUCUCAAGAGCUAAGCUUCAACGUGGUGCACCAAAAGCAAACAUUCAAAUUAGUAUUUACUCGGGAUAUCAAGGAUAAGAAGAAAGGUCCAUAUGGUCAAGGACAUAUAACUUUUGUAUAUGAUAAAUAUUCAGUUAGAAUCCCACUUUCGUUCAAAUUUGAAUGAGCUAAAGAGGAUGG